AUGGCUUCCCCAGGAACGGAGGAUACAGCCAGACUCGAACAGAGCCCGCACCUGGGCGACAGAAUCAACAUUGCCACAAGAUCAGCCCAUACAAAGCUUAACAAGCUCCUUCUCUUACGCCUGCCGUUGGCGGUGCCGCCUCAGGCUCAAAACCCCUCGGCCUACGUGUCGGGACUGAUCCACGUCGCCCCCGUCUACCUUGCCUUCGAGUCUCUGUGGCAGGUCUUACUACUUUCGCAUGACGCAAAGGCCGCAAGAGAGAAGGAAGGCAGGAUAUGCGGGCUCGAGGGCUACCAGUCAGACAAGUCUCCUGUCGAACCCCAGAGCAUGCCGCCGCUCCACUUCAUCGAGAGCGGCGAAAACGUUCUGGUCAACCGUCAAGCGGCAUCCGGCCGUGUCCACUCUAUCCUGGACCGUAUCUUCCUGCCGGGGCUUGCCCGCUCAUCCAGCCUGCUGCUCGACAUCCGCUCCAUCACUGGCUGGCCCAAGCACGUCUUGGAUGAGCAGGUGAAGGCCGUGUCCUCCUCAGGCAGGCUCGGCGAGUUUAUUGCCCACAUCAAGCGCUCGGUUGGGAAGAACCCCCAUGUCUUAUUGGCAUAUGCCUGGGUCCUCUACAUGGCGCUGUUCUCUGGCGGGCAAUAUAUCAAGGCCACACUCGAGGCAGCGGGCCAUGAGUUCUGGAGCAAGACGUCGGACCCCGUGCAGCCAUCCAACAAGGCCUGCGAAGAGCCCAUCCCCGUGCCGAACAGGGCUCUGCCCGACCACAAGACAACGAGCAGCUGUGUGUUCGGUUCGCUCGAGUUCUUCCGCUUCGCCACGCCGCAGGAAGGAGAAGACCUGAAGACGGAGUUCAAGAAACGCCUUCUCGAGUCAGAGGCACUCCUGACGUCCGGCGAGCGGGACGACAUCGUGCAGGAGGCCAUCUGCAUUUUCGAGAACAUGAACCUGCUGGUCGCGCAACUAGACCGAGUCGUCGAGAACAGACCGACGACACCCUCCACAAAUUCCCUCGACGGCUGGGCGAGUUUCCUGACGGUACCCCUGCUGGGCGGACGGCUGCGGGACAGCGUCGCCCUCACAAAAGAGCGC